GCAAAAACGCUCCCCCAAACAUAUUACUACAGCUACCUCCUCUUAUCUCUUAUCUCUCUCUCUCUCUCUCUCUCUCUCUUCAAUCUCUUGCGAUUUUUCUCGCGCCUUCCCAUCUCACUGCAGCGACGAUGUUGGGGGUUGCGAGGCGAAAGAUCGCAUGCGAAAGCAUCCCUGCUGCGAUUUUAGGGCAGGCCUUGCAAAGGAUUCGGCCUCUCGGAUCCAUUUUGCCGAGGAAUUACUCGAAUGGAGCAAAAGAGAUGAUGGUGCGUGAAGCUUUAAACUCGGCGCUCGAUGAGGAGAUGUCCGCGGACCCCAAAGUUUUCCUGAUGGGGGAAGAGGUCGGGGAGUAUCAAGGCGCCUACAAGAUCACCAAGGGUUUGCUAGAGAAGUACGGCCCUGAUAGAGUGCUCGAUACUCCCAUCACAGAGGCUGGUUUUACUGGAAUUGGUGUCGGUGCGGCGUAUCAUGGCCUUCGACCUAUUGUGGAAUUCAUGACAUUCAACUUCUCCAUGCAGGCCAUUGACCACAUCAUCAAUUCUGCUGCAAAGACAAACUACAUGUCGGCUGGUCAAAUAUCUGUUCCUAUUGUUUUCAGAGGACCAAAUGGUGCUGCUGCUGGUGUUGGUGCCCAACAUUCUCAGUGUUACGCAGCUUGGUAUGCACAUGUUCCCGGAUUGAAGGUGCUAAGCCCCUAUUCAGCUGAAGAUGCUCGAGGCUUGCUAAAAGCAGCUAUUAGGGAUCCAGAUCCUGUCGUUUUCCUUGAAAAUGAGCUUCUCUAUGGGGAGUCGUUUCCUGUAUCAGCUGAAGUUCUCGAUUCCAGUUUCUGUCUCCCAAUCGGGAAAGCCAAGAUAGAGCGGGAAGGAAAACAUGUCACAAUUACGGCAUUCUCGAAGAUGGUUGGGUACGCACUGAAGGCUGCAGAGAUAUUAUCGAAGGAGGGCAUCAGUGCUGAGGUCAUAAAUCUCCGCUCGAUUAGGCCGCUGGACAGAGCUACCAUCAAUGCUUCUGUUAGGAAAACCAACAGACUGGUGACUGUUGAAGAAGGUUUUCCUCAGCAUGGCGUUGGGGCCGAAAUAUGCAUGUCUGUAGUUGAGGAAAGUUUCGAGUAUCUUGAUGCGCCGGUGGAGAGGAUUUCAGGAGCUGACGUUCCCAUGCCUUAUGCUGCUAACCUUGAGAGGCUGGCUGUUCCACAGGUUGAGGACAUAGUUCGCGCGGCAAAGAGGGCGUGCUACAGGUCGGUUCCCAUGGCAGCAACUGCAUAGAUGAAACAGCACUUCUCUGCGAAUGGCUUGUUUUGUUUUCUUUAUAUAGUUUAGAAGAGAUAAAUAACAAAAUUGUUUAAUGUGAUCUUUGCCACAAGUGAGCUAAUUUUGCGCAAUCAUAGCAAUCUAUGAUAAAGGAUUGUAACCGGUUCUUUUUACAUCAGUUGGUUGAUUGGGACUUCUAUUGUGCGAUA